AUGCUAGUAACAGUAUUAAACUUUCGCUCAUAUUAUCUUGUUGAUAAGUUACCAAGAGACAGUCAACUUCGAACUAGUAUGCAAAGAUUAUUGUUCAAGGCUUGGACGAUAUUUGGGCUUGGAUUUCUAGCUUGGAACAUUGAUAAUAUUGCUUGUGAUUAUUUAAGAUUGGCAAGGCAAAAAAUUGGUAGACCAACUAGCUACCUAUUAGAGUUUCAUGGGUGGUGGCAUGUUUUUACUGCUAUUGGCACUCAUUAUUGGAUUGUUUUUAAUCAAUAUAUUAGAUUAAUUAUGCUAGGGGAAGUUAAUAAUUGGGAUAUAAAGUGGACAAUAGGCUUUAUUCCUUAUGUGGCUCGUAGCUCAAACAAGAGUGCUAAG